UGACUAGCCAACCACGAAAUCAAACUGAACAGUCUGAGAAAACGACGAUAAAAUUACGACAUUUGAAUUUUUGUUCAAACACCACUGCGCGAGCAACUUACUAUUGACCGUUGACAUGGCAACCGCUUCUCACCUUCAGAAAGGUCAGUAACCUGACACUGAAAGGUCAGUAACCUGAUGCCGGGCAAUAGCAAAAAAUAUAUCAUGCCAAAUUAACACAGGAGCCAUGUAAUAAUUCUGAUUUCGGCCCAAGUAGGUACAACCUUUUCACCGAAGCCUCAGUGGGGGAUCCCAGUUUAAAAAAGCAUUGUUUGAGUCUUCUUGUUGACCACAAUGAUACCUGGAUAUGAAAAUAGGCCGACGGCUCGUUGGUGACUCAGCCAGGGCCAAAAUUGAGGCGGGGCGUCGGAGCAUGUAAGUACCGGAACCGAGGCGCGGGGCGCCGUGCUGGUCAGGUCGAUAUGCUGUCGAGCGGCCAAGUUGCCAAGCAGGGUUACACAGUCAACAGAAAAUGGCAGUGGACUACGACGGCAGUGGGCAACGCGGACAGAAUAGCAGGCCACGCGGACAGGGCAGCAGACCACGCAGACAGGACAGCGGGUCACGGCAGGCGGGGACCGGACAGGACAGCGGGCCGAGCGGACAGGACAGCGGGCCGAGCGGACAGGACAGCUUCCGGCCAGCGCAGCGGGCCACCGCCAGGUGAUCGCGUGUAGCGAUGCUCCUGCGGGCCGGUCGCCGCACGGUUCUCCUCAAAGUGCUGGGGGCCCUCUGCGCCGUCACCUUGGUCAUCAGCAUCGCGUCGCUCCUCCAGUAUGAGAACGUGUUUAGUCGUGGUUACGACUACGACGAGCUACCUGAAGCUCCAGCGUUCUCUCUGAACCUGUACCGUCAGUUUUUCGACUAUCUGGAGACGCCGCUGGCCGCGUGCCGGCAGCUGGGUCGGUUCAGCCGCCGUACCAGCUGGGAGGAGCCGGCGCUCUGUCUCUCUGAGCCUGUCGAUAUGUGGCGCGUCACAGACUGUCUCGUCUACAGCGUCAGGCACACGAACGACAGCGAUGAUGACGCCUUCGAGCAAGGCGUGGCUGAGGAGCUGGGCUGCGAGGUGCACUUGAUUGACCUGACGGGUCGGCGCGGUCCCACCAGCCACGUGCAGCUGGGUGACGGUUCGGUGACCUACCACCGGCUGUCGUCCGGCCGCCAGUACGUGCGACUCCCCGAGCUGGUGACGCGUCUGGGGCACACCGAGAGGCUCAUACACCACCUGCGAGUGACGGCCGACUUCUCGGCGCACGCCGCCUCCCGGCUGCCGGCCGCCCUGCGCUCCCUCACGGACUCGGACCCGGACGAGCUGGAGCUGCUGGCCGGCCAGGUGAUGCAGCUACAGCUAGUGCUGACGCUGCGGCCGGCCGCGCUGAGCCAGCCCGCGCUGGAGGCGUACCGCCGCGCCUGGCAGCUGCUCGCAGACCUGCACCGACGCGGCUUCAGCGUGCUAGAGAGCCGCAACUCCGGCCGGGUGGUGUGGCUGCCAGGUCUGGGCAGACAGGUGGCCGCCAGCUAUAACCUGCUGCUGGCCAAACAUAUGCCGCUGGCUGCGCGGCGCUCGGCGAUGCUCAACCGGAGCGCUAAUGAGUCGGCUCGGUCUCCGCAACAGGUGCACAUGUUCGCUCCGUGACCGCCCCCCGGCGGCCGAUCAGCUGCACUUCGCGACACUCAGUUGUGUUUGGUGUCAUUCUGUAAUAUAACUAUUGCCUCCUCCAU